CUACAUGUGGCUUCCAAAUAAAGGUAACACUUCUGGCUUUUUCAGCUUUUCAUGCUCUUGCUCAGCAAAACUGUUAAUGCUCAAAGGUAGAAUGGCAUUUGCAAUAUAACUUUAUGUUAGUGUUUGGCUGUAUUUUUUUUUUUGUUUUGUUACAGUAUAAUUCUUUUUCUUUUUCUUUUUAUUUUUUUUUAUUUUUUGAUGUUUUGUUAGUAUAGUUCCUUAGAUCAAGGAACCAUGUCUUUAGAUAUUUUGUAUAUCAUCAAUGUAUGGUGUUUGAUGGAUUAGGUGGAGUUAUUAGAACAAACAACACAAUGUUUCGCUGUUGACACUAGAUUGCCUUUGAUUUGUAAUCUCUACAAUACAAAUCUGUGCAAAAUAACAGCAACCACAUCAACAAAAACUCUUAGUUCCUACACUAAAGCAAAUUGGUAUUGGCCUUAUUUAUGAAGAAAAAGAAAAUCUUUGAGUAGUAGUAAAACCAAAAUGGGAUUGGUAAAGGGAGUUGGGAAUUGCCAGAAGGAUCCCAAGAACAUGAAGCGGAAUGCCACUCCACUAGAGCCUUUAGCAUGUGUUUUCGUGAGUUUGUGGAUGGAUAAUUUAUGUUAUAUUCAUCUGCAGAAAUUGCAAAGCGACAGAGUGCAUCUACUGCAGUUAAUCACAAAAAAUUCCAAUGUAAAGGCCUAAAAUGGGUAUUUGAGGAGGAGACACACAUUUGCAUUUGUUUUUUUGCGUGUCCCUUCAGCAGAAUGGUAUGGAAGGCUGUUCUGCACCAACUUGGUGUCAGUGGAAGACCACUAACCAUGGAAUGAAGAAGCCAAAUUUAUUUUAGAAACUUGUAGGGGCAGGAGCAUAAGAGCAAGUAAAAUUCAACUGGCUAUUGCUUCCACUGUAUAUAUGAUUUGACAAGAGAGGAACCAGAGAGUUUUCCAGCAGAAAACAAAGGAUCCGAAGCAUGUUAGUUGGCCUAUUAUUCAAGUGAUUAACUUGAUGUCUUAAGUAUGGUUAUAGUGUAUAUCCUGUUAAUUUUUUAUUCCUGGCCAUUUUAUGAGAGCUUUUCACUAGGGUAUGCCCAAGGUACAGAUGUA